AUCCUCCGCUGCACAAAUCCAACCCAACUCCACCAAAUCCAGGCCCACCUAACAACAUCGGGCCUCCUACUCCCCUCCCUCUUCCUCCACAACCUCCUCAUCCGGGCCCACUCCAAGGCCCACUCCAAAGCCCACAACCCCCUCCCUCUCCUCCUCUAUUCUCACCUCCUCCGUCUCGGCCAUCGUCCCGAUUCCCACACUCUCCCCGCUCUCCUCACCCCGUCUCUCUCCCCUCCUUCCCUCCCUCUCCUCCACGCCCACUCCCUCAAGCUCGGCCUCCUCUCACACCUCUUUGUUCUCAACUCCCUCCUCCACUCCUACGAUCUCCCCAAUGCUCGUCGCCUUUUUUCUCAAUCUCUAAUCAAAGACCCUGUUACUUACAAUACAAUGAUUAGCGGCUACUUCAAAUUUGGUGAUUUUGAGAAUGCCCGUAAGUUGUUCGAUGAAAUGCCUGAAAGAAAUGCGGUUUCUUGGACGGCUAUGGUAUCAGGGUUUUUGAGUUGUGGGAAGUCGAAGGAGGCAUUGGAGGUGUUUGCAAGGAUGCAAGAGGAGGGGUUUGAGCCAGAGGACCGGACCCUGGUCAGCGUCCUGGGGGCUUGUGCGCAUGUAGGCGCUUUGGAGCAGGGUAAGUGGGUACACGGCUAUUUGAGGAGUAAGGGGAGGAGGGUUAGCGUGUUUUUGGGAACUUCGUUGGUGGAUAUGUAUGUGAAGUGCGGGGAGGUGGAGAUAGGGUUGAGGGUUUUUCAGGAAAUGCCCGAGAGGAAUGUGCUGGCGUGGACGACCGUAAUCAAGGGGUUGGCGAUGCAUGGAAGAGGGUUGGAAGCGUUGAGGAUGUUUAAAGAGAUGGAGAGGUGUGGGAUUGUGCCAGACGAUAUUGCUUUCAUAGGCGCUCUUUGUGCUUGCACACACGCUGGGUUAGUUGACCAGGGUCGCCAGCUAUUUGACUCGAUGAUUAAGCGAUACAAAAUCAAGCCUAAGAUUGAGCAUUAUGGGUGCAUGGUGGAUCUUUUGGCUCGAAACGGGUUGCUAGAUGAGGCAAGAGGUUUAAUAGAUUCUAUGCAAAUGGAGCCGGACGCCCUAAUUUGGGGGGCUCUCAUGGCGGGUUGUCGCUUCUAUAAGAAUGUAGAGCUUGCAGAGUAUGUUGCAAAUCAUUUGAUUAGAUUAGAGACAGAUUGCAGCGGUGUAUAUGUUCUAUUAGCCAACAUUUAUGCUUCCACUGGGAGGCACGAUGAUGCUCGUAGGGUAAGAACUCUGAUGGAGCAAAAGGGCGUCGAGAAAACUCCUGGUUGUAGCCUGAUCGAGAUUAAUGGCAUCAUUCAUCAGUUUUUGGUGGGAGAUACUUCACAUCCUCGGAUAAAUGAAAUAUUGGCAAAAUGGGAAGAGAUUGAGUAUCGAAUAAGAAUCGAAGGGUAUGUGCCUGAUCGGAGGGAAGUUUUGUUGAACAUUGAUGAAGAGGAGAAAGAUGAUGCACUUGCUCGACACGGUGAGAAACUAGCAAUUGCCUUAGGUUUGAUUAGUACUGAGGAUGGGAUGAGGAUUAGAAUUGUCAAGAAUUUGAGGGUUUGUGGUGAUUGUCAUCACGUAACUAAGCUCAUUUCAAAGGUUUAUGAUAGAGAAAUUGUUGUUAGAGAUAGGACUAGGUUUCAUUUGUUUAAAGGGGGUAGUUGCAGUUGUAAGGAUUACUGGUGAAGAUAAGCUACAGAACUAGUAUUGAAAGUGCGUAGCAAAGUCCUCGGUUUCAAUAACUACCACCGGAGGGCCAUGGAUGAUUCUUGUGUAUCAUGUUGCAAACUGAAACUCAAUGAUUAUUUUUAUUCCAUGAUCCGUAGAAUUUGUAUCUGAGGGCUCCUUUUUCCUCAUAAUGUUUUGUUGGGUUGUAGCGCGACAAAGCUACAUUGCUCAUGGUUUUGUUGCCCUUCUAUUUCCAAUCAUCUAUGUUCUUUUUA